UUUUUUUUUUCUUUUCUUUCGAGAAUUUAAACUGCGAUGAUAAAAAGGACAAUAUGAAAAGAAAUUCUUCACAGCAAUUCUUGGUUGUUUUUAUAUACACAAAUACAUUUAUAAAUAAAUAUUAAAUUAGAAAAUGGAGGAUGCUAUACAGCAAUUAAUAGAUUUAGGGGUGACAAGAGGUCAAGCCAGAAAAGCACUAGCUAGGUACAAUAACGAUGUUGCAAGAGCUGCUGAUUAUAUAUUCUCUGGUGCUGAUUUAAGUGACGAUGAUACCGAUGAGACCAAUUUAGAAACGGACGAACAAUUAGCUCUUCGUCUAAGCAUAGAAGAAGAAAAAAACCAAGCUUUAUUUGAUGAUAACAAUAAAGAAACAGCUUAUUUAUCACCUAUUUCUACACCACAAGAAGAGAAGCCACCUGCUGUUGUACCACAACAACACUAUGAUUUAUCGAAAUGGAGUGUAGUUCCUUUUCAACAGGAAAACAUGAAUACGACUACUACUACUUCUGCUACUACUACUACUACUACUAAAAACAAUGAAUUUUCACUCACUUGGUGGAAAGAUCCCGAAGAUCCAAAUGAAAGAAAAGCUUUGGAUGAUUUGCCAAUUGGGCUCAGACCUCCUUAUAAUUUUGCUUAUUCACCUAUCGUUAUACAAGCCCUUUUCCAUAUUACUGCAUUUAGAGAAAUAGUAUUCGUCUUUCGACCUAUUCCUUAUGAAUGGGGUGGUCCAAGUAAUUAUUGGAAAGGAUUUGGUGACUCAGUCUCUGCUUACAUUAUGAAAGAAGUCAUUACAAAACGACAGAUAACACCCUCUCCUGAUUUAAUUACCUUUGACGAACAAGAAUUAUCUCAACUUUCAUUAAAUAACGACGUAUCAAGCAACAGCAGCAGUAUUAAUGAAGCCAUGGUUGAAAGUGAUUUACCCCCACUUAUUGUUGAAUCAACAACACCUAUUCAAGAAAUAGAAGAAGAAGGACAAAUCGAAAGUGAACCUCGACUGAUGCCUAAAUGCAUCAAGUCAUUAGCCGAAUUACAAAAGUGUUUUGCAUUUCUAAACCUUUCCACGCGACAGUAUGGUAAUAUAUCACAUUACGUAAGAGCCCUAAAUACAAAGUUGACAGCCAAUGGAUGGGAAUCAAGCGAUAAAACAUAUGAAGCAUUUUUGGAUAUGAUGAUACACGAUUUAAUAGAAGCAGAUGAACAUUCAGAUAAUUUAAUAGAUUAUAUACCCAUAUUUAAAAGGUAAAAUACAUAUAUAUAUACAUAUACAUAUAUGGAUAGAUAGAUAUACACACAUAUAUACACACACACAUACACACACACAUACACACACAUACACACACAUAUACCUACACACACACAUACCUACACACACACAUACCUACACACACACAUACAUACACACAUAUAUUCUAAGUUGUAGACGGUUUUCUUUCAUUGUCAUGAUAGUUUGUUCCU